CUGCAUUGUGUUGGACUUGAGUUUUGUAUGUCUCAAGUCUGCAAUGACUGCGCAUUUCUAUAAUGUUUUGCUUGAAUUUGGACUUCGUUUGCCAGGAUUUUAUUUUCAUCUGAUCAACAAUCCAUCACCGUUUUUACACAUUUCCUCUGUCCUCACACCCCCUUUACCCAUCUAUGUCUUUUCUGCAACGUUUUGAGCUGGACAGUAACUGUAGAGACUGGGCAGUGAUUUCUUACAAAGGCACAGAGUGAAGCUCAAUUCUUGAGACUGAACCAUCUCACAUUCCCGAGAGGAUCCUCGGGAUUUGCACCUCUUGGUUUGUCUUGCCUGAUUCAUAAAGAGAGAUUAAUUAGGGAAUCUGCAGUUGGGACAGUCGGCCAGAAGCCAAAAUGCAGGUGUCAUUAGUGUGCACAGACCAUCGUGGGGGGGUGAGCCGCAACACAGAGGACCGGUUAAAUCGACAGAAUGCCAACAGCCCCAGCACAGGCACUCGCAGCAAGUUCAGAGCAGUGGCGAUGGUGGCUCGCAGUCUUGGACAGCUCUCUGUUCAGAGUGUGCCUUCCUCCAGUGAACAAAGUGUGAAGACUGGCAUGAAGUAUAGAAACCUCGGGAAGUCAGGCUUGCGGGUAUCCUGUCUUGGAUUAGGAACAUGGGUGACGUUCGGAGGACAGAUAACAGAUGAGAUGGCAGAGCAGCUGAUGACUCUGGCCUAUGAAAAUGGCAUCAAUCUGUUUGACACAGCGGAGGUCUACGCUGCUGGCAAGGCAGAGGUGGUGCUCGGAAACAUCAUAAAGAAGAAAGGAUGGAGACGUUCAAGUCUGGUGAUAACAACAAAGAUCUUCUGGGGUGGAAAAGCAGAGACUGAAAGAGGUUUAUCCCGAAAACACAUUAUAGAAGGUUUAAAAGCCUCUCUAGAAAGACUGCAAUUAGACUACGUAGAUGUGGUUUUCGCGAAUCGACCGGACCCUAAUACACCAAUGGAAGAAACAGUUCGAGCAAUGACCCACGUGAUAAACCAAGGCAUGGCCAUGUACUGGGGAACGUCCCGCUGGAGCCCGAUGGAAAUAAUGGAAGCGUACUCGGUGGCACGACAGUUCAACCAGAUUCCACCCAUCUGUGAGCAGGCUGAGUACCACAUGUUCCAGAGAGAGAAGGUGGAGGUGCAGCUACCUGAGCUGUUCCAUAAGAUAGGUGUGGGCGCCAUGACGUGGUCUCCUCUGGCUUGUGGGAUCAUCUCAGGGAAAUACGACGGCAGGGUCCCUCCCUACUCUCGGGCCUCCCUGAAGGGCUACCAGUGGUUGAAGGACAAGAUCUUAAGCGAGGAGGGCCGGCGUCAGCAGGCGAAGUUGAAAGAGCUGCAGGCAAUCGCGGAGCGGCUGGGCUGCACUCUGCCCCAACUCGCCAUCGCGUGGUGCCUACGGAAUGAAGGGGUGAGCUCUGUCCUUUUAGGGGCGUCCAACACCGACCAGCUGAUGGAGAACAUAGGAGCGAUCCAGGUUCUUCCAAAGUUGUCGUCGUCCAUCACGCACGAGGUGGACAGCAUCUUGGGGAACAAGCCGUACAGUAAAAAGGACUACCGCUCCUAACGUGCGGCACGGCCCGCCCGGCAGGGCUGCACCUGGCCUGCAGCUGCAGUGCCCCACCUUUGCCUGAUCCUCUGUUUGCUUGAGCUUUUACUGAGUGAGACCCUGGCGCAUGAGUCUGGCCACACCAAGGCCACGCAGGGCACCUCAUUUAGAGUUACAGGGAUAAGAUAAGAAAAGGGGGAAAAAAUACAGUCACCUCCACUGGAAAGGACAGGAUUGACAAAGAAAGACAAACAUGGAAAAGAAAGGUUAGGGAUAUGCGCUCAUAUUUAAAUUAGUUAUACAUUCAAUUCAGCUGAACAUAUUUUAAAACUAUAGAGAAAAAUACAUUUAUAAAAAAAUAAGCACACGCUUGCUUAGCAGCCAGAUUUCUUUUUUUUUUCUUUUUUCUUUUUCUAAAACCGAAUACAACUAAAAGGAAGAUGAAGUUCAUACUCUAUGAAUACAUGAGAACUACUGUUGCACAUGUACCAUAGCCAUGCAUUUGUUGUUUGGACGUUCUGUUUACAAGCACCUGUGUACUGUACAAAUCCGUCAAGAUUUCUCUGAAAGUUUGUGUUGUUGACAUUACCAGAGCCUCCUCGUGGGCUUUAAUCAGCACUUUAGUACUGUCAGGAAAGGUGUUGGAGGGUAGUUUCAAAGAGGAGAGAGGAUGAGUAUUAGUAACAGUCUUAUCUUACAAACAUUGCACUAUAGAAUUGCAUCACCUCUUGAUAAUUCCCUCUCAUCAUCCUCCCUCGGUGUCUUCACUGGCAGUGCGUUUGUCCAGCCUAAAGCUCUGAUGCUCCCGCCGUCUGGUUCUGAAUUCAUCAGGACUUGGAGGAUGAGGAGGAACGAAGUUCGUCCAUCCUGACCAGUGAACCACCUGGCACGAUGGAGUUUAGGAGCCUAGGCUGAUGUGUCUGGGCAACUUGCGUGUCACUGAAGAAAUGAGCAGUUUAUUCAUCCCUAACAGUAGGAACUGCAGUUGUGUUAAAUCAAACGCAGCUCCCUGCUUCACUGUGCUACCCAGCCACUGAUCUCGCUUUCUCAGACUCCACAUUUCAUGGAAACCUCUCCUCAAUCAAAUUAAGUUCAAGAAUUUUGCCUUAUUUACAGUUUCAUUAAACUGUGCUUUGGGCUUGUAGACGAGCAGCUUAAUGGCUUCCUCUUUGUACUAGUCACAUGUCCCAGGGGACCGCUGACUGGUGGAAGUGGUGUUUGCUGCUCCCUGACUGGGAGGAAGGAGUCAUGUGUCCAGCUAAUCAGUGAGUGACAGCAGCUCAGGGAACGGAGCAGGUGGUUUCAGUCGUGUGUUGGCGUGCACAAAGUCAGGAGGUUGUAUUUAGUCAUCUGUCUUUCUUUCAUGUGUGGACACUUUAGCGUGGCUUGAGCCAAAGAUCUUCUUCAUCUCUUUUAGACAACAACUUCCUGCAAGAUUAUAGAAAUCAUCUUGACGCAUGUGCUGUCCAGCUUGUAAUCUAUCUAUGGUAUGGACUUUACUCCAUAUAUAUCUUUACUUGACCAAGCUGUUAUACUAGUUAUCAAAUAUGUCCUUCAUAUACAGAAUGCGUAGUACAACUAAGUGCUUUAGGAUCGGUAAGGUUUGUUUCGGGUGGCAGACAGCCUGAGACACGUCAGAAGUAUUAUUGCAGACAUUUUGACAACACCCUGUAUCAUUCUUUGUCCUUUGGGUGCUCUCUUACUGUGAUUAAAGCACAAGUGGAAAGCAUGUUACAUCCUCUAAGCAUGGACCCUCUUCACUCAGCCUACAGUACCUACGGGACAAACAAGGUGAUGCUUUUCCAGCUUACUAACACGUGUAGAUAACCAGUCUUUACUAACAGCUGAUAAACUGUUGAUUCUUAGAAGAAAAAAAAAAACAAGUGCAGAUUAAGGUAACUUAUAUUAGUGUGAAUGGCACGAAUGAGAUGAAGCAGCUCAGCUGGAGUGGAGGGGAUAAAUUAAAGUGAACGUCAUUGUGUGGGAAAGUGUGGAUGAGGUUUUACAGUCUGCGUGAGUAUUACUCCUAAACAUCAGCAAAGCAAUUUAACAACUCUGCUGUUGAUCUGGCUUUUUGUGUGUCUGCGUGUGUGUGUGUGUGUCCGAAUGUGAGGGAUUGGGGGACAAUAAACUAAUCCCGUGCUGUUGUAUUAGUUGAUCCCUGAAUAUGUUUGAUUUGCCGUGUCUCUUGUAUGUCUGAGUAAAUAAAAACAGGCACAAGCCGAAGCUGUUUUCUCAGAAUUUAAA